AUGGUAAAACUAGAAAGAAAGAGAAAAGCUACUGGCCUUGUUUCUGAGGGAAAUGCUGUCCCAAGUCCAGCGAAGAAGCCAAAAACUUUGGAACUUCAUAGUUUCGAGUCACUCCGUGCAUCUCGUUACAAGACUAUCAAUGAAAGAGCAACUGCUAAUAGAACUCCGUUAGAUGUUUUUGUAUGGGGGUCUGGUUCCAUGUGUGAACUAGGAUUAGGUCCAGAUGCGAAAACCAAAGAGGUCAAAAGACCAAGAUUAAACCCAUUCCUCAAGAAAGACGAAGUAGGAAUUGUUGAUUUUGCUGUCGGUGGCAUGCAUGUUUUAGCGUUGGAUAAAAACGGUGCAGUGUGGUCGUGGGGAAACAAUGACUCUGCUGUUUUGGGUAGAGACACAAGUGCAGAUGCAGACAAAAAUUUAAGGGAUAUGGAUGCCGAAAGUGAUGAUGAAGAUGGCGAUCUAAAUGAAGCUGAAUCUACUCCUGGUAAGGUUGAAGGCUUACCUGAAAAUGAUUCUGUUGUUAAACUUGCUGCGAGUGACAACUUGUCGGUUGUUUUAUUGGAAAGUGGACAAGUUUGGGCAUGGGGUACUUUCAGGAAUAAUGAAGGUAUUUUAGGUUUUUCUAAAGACGUGAAGCUGCAAAAAUUUCCUGUUAGAAUUACAGAAUUGGAGAAUAUUGUUUCCAUUGUUGCCGGAAAAGACCAUAUCUUAGCAUUAGACAUCAAGGGAUGGGUUUAUGCAUGGGGUAAUGGACAACAAUACCAAUUAGGGCGUAAGAUUUUAGAAAGAAGUCUUUUAUUAUCUUUGGAACCUAGAUCUUUUGGGCUCAAGAAUGUAAAGUUUAUUGGUUCUGGUGAGUUCCACAGUUUUGCAAUUUCUACAAAGGGAAAGGUAUAUUCAUGGGGGCUAAACCAAUACGGUCAAUGUGGUGUUGAUAUGAAUAUUGAUGACGGUGCCGUCGUUACCAAGCCAACUGAGAUUAAAGAAUUGGCUGAUAAAGAUAUUGUUUAUAUUACGGGUGGAGAGCAUCAUUCACUUGCAGUGUCCUCAUCUGGUGAAGUUUAUGCAUUUGGUAGAUAUGAUAUGAAAGAAAUUGGUAUUGAAAAAGAUAAAUUGCCAUUGGAUGAUUGUAUAAAAGACGAUCAUGGUAACGUUCGUUCAUUACCAGUUCCGACUAAAUUAGCACUACCACCAAUUAAGACAGUUGCCUGUGGUUCGCAUCACUCCUUAGCCGUUACUAAAGAUGGCUUUGUUUUUUCGUGGGGGUUUGCGGACACUUAUGCUGUUGGUUUAGGUAACUUGGAUGAUGAUGUUGAAAAACCAACUAGAAUUGAUAAUACUGCAACCAAGGAGCAUGAUAUUCAAAUAGUCGGAUGUGGUGGGCAAUUCUCUGUUUCUGCCGGUGUGAAAAUUGACAAUGAAGAAAGAAUUGAAGAAAGGUUAGAUGCAAUUGAAAAGUUUGAAGAGGAAAAUUGA